UCAGAGUGCAGAGAGAAGAGCGAGCUGGGCAGAGCGAGACAAAUUUGAAGGGGAGGGCAGGCGCGAGUUCAGCAGCCCCCGGGGCUCUCCUCUCCCACCGCCUAUCCCUUUCCUCUCUUCUCCUCCAGCUUCUCUCUCUGCCCCUAACCUUCUUCCGAAAACCCUCUCUUUAGCCAAAGGAAGGAGGUAAGGGGAACCCCUUCCCCUCCCCCCUCAAAAAAAAAAAAAAAAGAGAAACUUUUCCAGUCCGGAGAGAGCAGGGGAACGAGUGCGCGCCCGGCUCGCCAUGGAGCUGCUGUGCUGCGAGGUGGACCCGGUCCGCAGGGCCGUGCCGGACCCCAACCUGCUCUACGACGACCGCAUUUUGCAGAACUUGCUCACCAUCGAGGAGCGCUACCUUCCUCAGUGCUCCUACUUCAAAUGCGUGCAGAAGGACAUCCAGCCCUACAUGCGGAGGAUGGUGGCCACCUGGAUGCUGGAGGUCUGUGAAGAACAGAAGUGUGAAGAAGAGGUCUUCCCUUUGGCCAUGAAUUACCUGGACCGUUUCUUGGCUGGGGUCCCGACCCCUAAGUCCCAUCUGCAACUCCUGGGUGCUGUCUGCAUGUUCCUGGCCUCCAAGCUCAAAGAGACCAUCCCUCUGACGGCAGAGAAACUGUGCAUUUAUACCGACAACUCCAUCAAGCCUCAGGAACUGCUGGAGUGGGAGCUGGUGGUGCUGGGCAAGUUGAAGUGGAACCUGGCAGCCGUCACCCCUCACGACUUCAUCGAGCACAUCCUUCGCAAGCUGCCCCAGCCGAGGGAGAAGCUGUCGCUGAUCCGCAAGCACGCACAGACCUUCAUUGCUCUGUGCGCCACUGACUUUAAGUUUGCCAUGUACCCGCCAUCAAUGAUCGCAACUGGAAGCGUGGGAGCAGCCAUCUGUGGGCUCCAGCAGGAUGAGGACGUGAGCUCGCUCACUGGCGAUGCCCUGACGGAUCUGCUGGCCAAGAUCACAAACACGGACGUGUAAGAAGAGUCAAAGAUCAAGAGCUGGCUAUAGUGAUGAUUUACAUUGAAAUUAAAAUGAGCCCAAAGAAAGAAGAGAGUAUGUGUUUUGUAUGAAAUCUAUGACAUCUUUAUUUUGUUCAGAAGAGCCUGUGCAUGUAUUCUUGGCUGGAGCUUACGUAAAUGUGACUCUUGAUGUGCGUGUUGUCAUGAUGUCCCUUGGCUCUGAAAGUCCAGUAGGAGUGACUGCCAAAUGUCUCUGCUGUCCCUGCAGGAUUUUCUCAGAAUGUUCCUCUAAGGUCUGCUAGAAGGGAAGGCUGAAUACCAAGAAAAGUAGGAACAUUGGUGACCCAGAAGGGAAGAAGACUCUUUAUAUGGCCUGAAAUCAACUUAUUUUGUGUUCUGGAACCUGGUCUUCCCAUUUCAAGGACCAUCUAUCUCAGGGAUGCUGGUGUGGUCACGCUGUUGAGGUAGAGGGUAUGCCGACCCAGAUUACCUCUCUGUGGGGCCAGAAUAGAGCCUCCAAGGAAGGAAAGCCACUCAGGAAUGGCUGGAAGGCCUUUGGAUAGGUUUCUUGUUGGGGAGUGAGGUCAUACAUGAAAACUUCACAUCAGAAAGUACUCACCAAGUGGCUAUACCAUGUGAAGCCCUCUUUAAAGAUACUUCAUUGUGAAUACCUAACAGACAUUUCUUUUUUAAUUUAAUGUUUCAGAGCUAUCUUCUGUCCACAUACCCCACCCCACCCCUACACACACACAUAUACACACAAGGUCCCUCAGUCAGCUGAGAGUCCUGCCAUCUUCUUUAAAUAACAAAAGCUCUUCAUGCCUCGAGCUUUGGGUAGGGUUUGUCUUCCAUGAAGGCAGGGAUACAGUUACUACCUCUGUGGUAUGGAGGGGUUCUGACUUGUUCCCUGUUUUUCCCAGUGUGGGGGGAUUAAAACAUACCCUUCAACCAUUCCUGAAACACCUCUCCAGUGGAGGGGUAUCACUCAUUAACUUCUUGGGUUCAAUUGAGUAUUCUCUGCAAGAAAAGAGACAAAGAAGAAAAUAGUAUUAAAUUAUCUGGCCCAGCGUUCCACCCAUUGAGUUUGUGCAGGGGGUGAGGGAGUAAGCAUGAGAAGGAGAAGGGACUGAGCAUGCUGCUGUUCAGAGCCUCGGUUUCUGCUCACUUCUCAGGCUGUGGGUAUCUCCCCACACCAUGGUGAGUCUAGUGUUUACCGAUACGUGUUGUUUCUGCAACAUGGCCCCUAAGAGCAAACUAAUGCCUUCCUAUGGUGUGCAAACAGAGGCAGAGAUGUCCGUUCCAGCUUUGGAAUGCAGACUGACAGUGUCACGCGGUCUCACUGUCUCUGAGGUAGGACCUUCCUAAGGGACAUUCAAGAGAAGCUUGGACUGUCGUCAUUUUUUUGCCUGAUACAUUAACCGCCAUAUUAGCUUUGCCUCUAUUUAAGAUUAAUUUAGAUGAGAAAGCUUGAAGGUUUUCAGAUAUCCUCUACUGAAGUGCAAGUGCCCUUAGAGACGUGAUGCCCUUGCCCUUUACCACCACCUAGCACCUUCAACAAGCUUGUCAGCACUGCCCUGCAGGAGGGGCCUGGAGGAGGGACGUGGGGAAGAGCCGAACAGGGACACAGGUGAGACCUGUCAGAUUUCUAAUCACUGGCUGGGAGCAUCUGAGUAGAGAAGGUGACCAGGAAAUGUCGCAGAAGAGUUUGAGAGAUGCUAGUACGUUCUUGGUUGUAGUCCCUGAAUCUUAUCUCAGCUUUGUUCAGGGUUUGCGGGGAGACCUCCGCUGCUGGAUCUUGUCUAUCUUGUUCCAUGCUACAUCCCCAGUGCCUGGCACACAGUACACCUUUAACAAAUCUCGAAUAAAUGCUAACCGGUACCUUACUUUACCAGUAGCAGUUGCCAUGUCUCAUGGCGACCCCAUGUGUGUCAGAGUAGAACUGUGCUCCAUAGGGUUUUCAAUGGCUGAUUUUUGGAAGUAGAUCUCCUGGCCUUUCUUCUGAGGCACCUCUGGGUAGACUCAA